AUGUCCGACCAGGAUUUGAAAAACGCGAUUCUCCGACUAACCGAACUGGUAAUCAACCAACAAGAGCAGAUUCAACUCCUCAAGCGAACCGGUCAAGCCAGCCAACCGGGAAGCGAGAAGAUAAUCGAAUCGUUGGCCACGGGAACUGAUGAUUUUUACUACGAUCCUGACGGUGGAGUGUUCUUUGACGCGUGGUUUGCUCGCUACGAAGAUGUCUUCAAGGUCGACGGCAAGAAUCUAGACGAUCCAGCGAAGGUGAGGCUACUCUUAAGAAAAAUCGGCACCCAGUUCCACGAGCGAUACGUAAAUAGUAUCCUGCCAAGACAUCCCCGCGAUUUUGGCCUGGACGAAACGGUGAAGAAACUUAAGAAACUUUUUGGUCAUCAAACCUCGCUGUUCAACGAUCGUUACCGUUGUUUUCAGUAUACUAAGAACGAAGCAGACGAUUUUUCAAGUUAUGCUGCCUCUGUGAACAAGCAUUGCGAAGCAUUCCAAUUCACCAAGCUCACUGAUGACCAAUUCAAGGCGCUACGUUUUGUUUGCGGUCCACAAUCUCCCCGCGAUGCAGACAUCCGAACUCGAUUGAUCGGCAAAUUGGAAGCUGAAGAGCAUGCUCCGCCAGCAGACGGCACAAAGCUAACCUUGGAAAAUCUCGUCGAGGAGUGUCAUCGGUUCAACAAUCUAAAGCAGGACACCAAGUUGGUAGAGAAGCCCGUUCCGGAAAAAUCCGUCGUCAACGCUGUUUCCACCAAGCCUGCUAAGAAAAAACAACCGAAAUCUCCGUGCUGGUUUUGCGGUGAUUUACAUUUCCUAAAGGAAUGUUCCUAUCAAGACCACAAUUGCAACAAGUGCAAACGAAAAGGGCAUAAAGAAGGUUACUGCUCAUCCGCUGAAUCAAAAUCAAAGCCAGCAAAGAAGUUCGAAAAACAAAAGUACAAGGCAUUUGUGAAGUCCAAAGGAAUUUCAGUGAAACGCAUCGAUCUUCAAGGGAAGAGGAAAUACGUUACUGUUGGAAUCAAUGGCAAAGAAGCUGUCCUUCAGUUAGAUUGCGCUUCUGAUAUCACCAUUAUUUUUACGCAGACCUGGGAGGCGAUAGGCAAACCAGCCAUCAACGAAACUGACAUAACCGCCAUCAGCGCUUCCGGAGACAAGAUUAACAUGGCUGGUGAGUUCCUUGCAGACAUAACCAUCCGAAGCGUGACAAAAGCUGGCAUUGUCUAUGUGUCAUCAAGCCCGGAUUUGAAUGUCCUUGGAAUUGAAACAAUCGAUCUAUUCCAUCUAUGGUCGAUUCCUUUCAACUCACUGGUCAAUGCUGUGCAUCAGAAGCCGGAAGACAUUGAGCAAAAGCUGCGUACGAAGUUCCCGGAAGUGUUCCAGAGCACACUUGGCCGGUGUACCAAAGCAAAAGUUAAACUCUACCUAAAGCCCAACGCCCGUCCCGUGUACUGUCCCAAGAGACCAGUUGCAUAUGCUGCUCUUCCCGUCUGCUCUUCCCGUCUUCAGGACAAGGGAAUUAUCUCACCAGUGAAGUUUUCCGACUGGGCAACUCCAAUAGUAGUGGUCCGUAAGUCAGACAACGUUUCCGUCCGUAUCUGUGGCGACUAUUCUACAGGGUUAAACAAUGCGCUAGAAUCAGAUGCCCAUCCGCUACCACAUCCAGUUGAUAUUUUUGCUGAUCUAGCUGGCUGCCGUCAUUUCUCCCAACUCGAUUUUUCUGAUGCGUACCUGCAAGUCGAGAUUGAAGAGGAAUCACAAAAGUAUCUGACGAUAAACACUCAUCGAGGACUGUUCGUAUACAACCGUCUGCCACCUGGAAUCAAGUCCGCUCCUGGUGCCUUCCAAAGGAUUAUUGAUAGCAUGGUCGCUGGUAUUCCUGGAGUGAAGCCAUAUCUAGACGAUAUCAUGAUUUCUGGUAAGACAAAAGAAGAACACAAUCGAAGCCUUCAUGAGGUCCUGGAGCGGAUCAAAACGUACGGUUUUCAUCUGAAGAUCGAAAAAUGUCGAUUUGGUCUAUCACAAAUUAAGUUCAUAGGCCAUAUCAUCGACAAAGACGGCUUACGACCUGAUCCCGCGAAGACAACCGCAAUUUCGCAAAUGCCAGCUCCAACCAACGUAUCACAGCUUCGAUCGUAUCUUGGAGCUAUCAAUUAUUAUGGGCGUUUUGUCAAGCAGAUGAAAGAGCUAAGAGCACCCAUGGAUUAUUUACUGAAACAAAACGUGAAAUGGGAAUGGACUGCGAACUGUCAGAAGUCGUUCGACAAGUUCAAAAUGCUGCUCACUUCCGACUUGUUGCUGACACAUUUUGACCCGAACAAAGAAAUCAUCGUCGCAGGUGAUGCAUCCAAAAAUGGCUUGGGCGCUGUUAUUUUGCAUCGUUUUCCGAAUGGAUCAGUGAAGGCUAUUUCGCACAUUUCAAGAUCUCUAACUCCUGCGGAGCAGAAUUACGGCCAGAUAGAGAAAGAAGCUUUGGCACUGGUUUUUGCUGUAACACGGUUUCAUAAGAUGGUAUUCGGCCGGAAGUUUACCUUGCAGACUGAUCACCAACCACUUCUUAAGGUGUUCGGGAGUAAAAAAGGAAUUCCGGUAUAA